UUUGGUCAUUCAUGUCAUUCGCUAAACUUAUGAGGACUUCUAAUUAAUUUUUCAUUCCUCCCCUUAAAGCUAAUUAAUUUUUCAUUCGUCCCCUGCAAGCUAUGUAUACCUCCAUGUACAGAUCAAAUCCACAUUCUCUCUCUCUCCAAAUUCAUUCUCUCUCUCCUGUAAAGCUAUGGCGGUGCCUCUCCCCAAAGGCCUUCCAUUUUCAGUGGAUACAUGGAACCGAUCAUCGAUAACGAAGAAUUACCACUUUCUUACCCAUGCCCACAAAGACCACAUCAUUGGAAUCGCCAACCAUGGCUCCUAUCCCAUCUACUGUACCAACAUAACCAAGCUUUUAGUCCUUCUUCAAACUCCACAGCUCGAAGAAACCUGGUUUGUUGAGUUGAGGGAUGGAGAGUCGGUGGAAAUCAAAGACCCAGGUUGCGCUUUCACUUUCACCGCUUUCGAUGCCAACCAUUGCCCAGGGGCCAUCAUGCUUUUGUUCGAGGGUGACUUUGGCAGUAUUCUGCAUACCGGUGAUUGUAGGCUUACUUACAAUUGCCUAGAAUAUUUACCACUCAAGUAUAUAACCAAAACAGGGAGAAAAUCUGUUGGAUGUCUGGAUUACUUAUUCCUCGAUUGCACAUUUGCGAGAUACCCUUCAAGGAUUCCAAGCAAGAAAGCUGCUAUUGAACAGGUCAUCAGUUGCAUAUGGAAGCACCCAGAUGCCCCCUUUGUCUAUCUGGCUUGUGAUCUUCUUGGACAGGAGGAGAUCCUUAUUGAGGUAUCAAAAACAUUUGGAUCCAAGAUAUUUGUAGAUGAUUCUAUCAAUCCUGAGUUUUCCAAAAUUCUCUCCAUCACGGCACCCCACAUCCUCUGUCAAGAUUCCUCUUCACGUUUCCAGGUAUGUGAAGGAUAUUCAACCCGACUGUAUGAAAAGGCACAGGUGAAGCUAAUAGAGGCAAAAAACAAUAUGCAACCUGAGCCUCUAUUUAUCCGACCAUCCACCCAAUGGUACGCAUGUCAAGAGGGCAUUGAUAAUAUGAAACAAUGCAAGCAGAGAUUGAAAGAAGCAGAGAGAGACCAAUUUGGGGUAUGGCAUGUUUGUUACUGUAUGCACUCCUCCAGGGAAGAGCUUGAACUAGCCCUGAAAAGGCUCCAACCCAAAAGAGUCAUUUCCACCACGCCGAAUUUUAGGGCCAUGGAGCUUAACUAUGUAAGAAAGAACUGUUCCUUGUCUUCUAUAAUGGACAAUGACCCGCUGUGGAAGCUUCUUGACAUCAGAGCAGAUAACCCAACUCUUUUAAGCUCAUGUGCAUUAUCCAGAAGUGAUGAGUUAACAAGAGAGGUGGUUUCUCUGGAAGAACAAGAUUCAACACUAAGAAUCUCCACAAAUGUUGAUAAAGAGUUGAAGCUUUGUAAUUCCACCAUGACCAACUCUGCAAAUUUAGUUAAAGAGGGGAAGACAUCUGAUAUUUCCAUGACCAGAGCAACAAAUGUGGAUAAAAAGUUGGGUAAUUAUACUUCCAUCAUGGCAAAAUCCACAAAUUUAGACGAUGAAUUAAUGACCUCUACUUCAACCACAACCAGCUCAACAAAUUUAAGUGAACGGUUUUCACAGACUUAUGAUUUCACCAGAAAUCAUGCGGAAGAGAUCGUGGAUUUGUCUUCUCCACCACUCAGUAGCAGACCCAUUACUCUCUUUGGAAAAGCAAGAAUGGGCCUUCAAGAAUCGCCUCCCCGUCCCCUACAGAAGGAUACCCUUUCAGUAAACAAAAAUAGGAUUCCUGGAACAGUGCCCAUUGAUUCGUUGCAGAAGGUCCCUUAUAAAGAAGAUGUAACCUUGAAAGAGAAUGAGGCCACCGCUGAUACAAGCAAUGAGUAUUUGAGACAUGAAGGCGGGAUUGGGCCAAGAGAGAGGAUCACUAACAUUGGUGCCUCCAGGACUCUUGAUCCGAGCCUUAGGAAGUUAUAUAGGGCCAUGAAUGUUCCAGUGCCCCGGCCUCUUCCAUCUUUGACAGAACUUAUCAGAGUUGCGAAACAAGCUAGGAGGGAAUAUGGAAAGAGAUGAAGUUCUGCAUCUCAAUAUUGCAAUUGUUUAAUGAUUUUUUGCUGAUGUAUGUCUUAAUAAUUUGUGUAAUUCAUCCCACAAACAUUUGUUCCAUAUGCAUGCUCUUCAGUGCCCAAUGCAUGCUUACAUUCAAUAAAGGUUCAACAGAUUUUCUUA